UUGAGAAACCAACAAUACAUUAUGACCUCGCCAUAAAUUCAACCAUCCUCAUCAGUCAUCAGCCUGGAGGGAAAAACCUCUCUCUCUCUCUCUCUCUCUCUCUGAGUGUACGAUCCGAUCAACAUUGGAAUUUUGCUGAAGGAUGGGGAAGAAGCGUGUUAUGGUGCCAGCGAACGAAGUCGACUUGACUGCCGUGAAAUACGAGCCUGAAACUAUCCAAGCUCCACAUUUGACCGGAACUUCGCUGAAGGUGUUUGUUAAUGUAGUUGAAGCCCCAUUGAUCGGUUCUAUGAUCACAACUUCCUUGAAGAAGAAGAAUAACAUCAUUGAGAUGUUGCAGAAUACUGUGAUACCAGAAGCACCGAUGUUUAAACCUGUGUUUCCUCCUCAAGAUGCAGAGCCUUGUGUUGUUGGUUUGGAAGAAGAUGGAAAACCUGAAGAUCGAGUUGAUUUAGCCUUGAAGUGUCUGCCACACUUUGAUGCUGCUUCCAAUUGGACGGGUGAUUCACCUACAUCUUUCCGCUACUGGAAGAUACGUGAUUAUGCAUAUGCUUACCGGUCUAAGUUGGCCACCCCAUCAAUGGUUGCAGAACGCUUCAUCUCAGCCAUGGAAGAGUUCAGCAGUAAGAAGCCUCCAGCACCACUAUUGAUUUCUUUUGAUGCUGAGGAGGUAAGAAAGCAAGCUGCAUCGUCCACAGAACGGUUUGAGGAAGGAAACCCAUUGUCAAUCUUGGAUGGAAUUUUUGUGGCGAUCAAGGAUGAUAUAGACUGCUAUCCCCAUCCAUCAAAGGGUGCAACAACAUGGUAUCAUGAGGUGCGCCCUGUUAAAAAGGAUGCAGUUAGUGUAUCAAGGUUACGUGGCUGUGGUGUGAUUUUAGUUGGAAAGGCAAAUAUGCAUGAACUGGGCCUGGGAACGACUGGAAAUAAUUCUAACUACGGAACAACACGGAACCCACAUUCUCUAGACCGGUAUACAGGUGGAUCUUCCUCAGGCCCAGCAGCAAUUGUAGCUUCUGGACUUUGUUCAGCUGCUCUAGGAACAGACGGUGGAGGUUCAGUUCGUAUUCCUUCUUCCCUUUGUGGUGUAGUAGGCCUGAAGACAACAUACGGGCGGACCGACAUGAAAGGGUCAUUAUGUGAUGCGGGGACUGUGGAAAUUAUAGGACCAAUUGCAUCAAACGUGGAGGAUGUGAUGCUUGUGUAUGCGGCAAUUCUGGGCUCCUCUCCUUGUGAUAGGAUCAGCUUAAAACCGGCCCCCCCAUGUUUGCCAAAUUUAUCAUCGCAUGAGAGUUCAAAUGCUCUGGGAUUGCUGAGAUUGGGAAAGUAUACAGAGUGGUUUAAUGAUGUAUUCUCAACUGAUAUUUCUGAAACCUGUGGCAAAAUUCUUAAUAUGCUAGUGGAAAAGCAUGGAUGCGAAACCAUAGAGAUUGUAAUACCCGAGCUGCCUGAAAUGCGUGUGGCACAUAUCAUUUCAAUUGGUUCUGAAUCCUUGUGCGCGUUGACUCCUCACUGUGAAGAUGGGAAAGACGGGAAACUUACUUACGACACUCGCACUAAUCUGGCCCUUUUCCGGUCAUUCACAGCUUCAGACUAUGUUGCUGCCCAGCGUCUCAGACAAAGGAUAAUGUACCACCACAUGGAGAUCUUCAAGAAGGUUGAUGUCAUAGUGACCCCAACAACAGGCAUGACCGCGCCUAUAAUACCUCUUAGCGCUCUUAAAUCUGGGGAGACAAAUUUGCAGGUUUCAGGAAAUCUCAUGCGAUUUAUUACAGCAGCAAAUCUUCUUGGUCUCCCAGCCAUUUCUGUCCCUGUUGGGUAUGAUAAGCAAGGCCUGCCAAUAGGUUUACAACUAAUAGGUCCUCCAUGGGGAGAAGCUUCAAUCUUGCGUUUGGCUGCUGCUGUAGAGGAACUCUCUGCUGAUUCAAAGAAGAAGCCUCUUCAAUUUUACGACACUUUAAAGGGGAACUAACAAAUUGGAGUUCGUGCUUGUGUUCACUGCAAUCUUGGUUAUUUGCUUCAAAAGCUUUUGAAUUCGAGCCUGCUCACGCUCUAGUUGCCGUAAUAUCGUGUUCCAAUAAGGCAUUUGGUUGCUGCAGUUGGACACAACUGUUUCUAUAUUUCAUCACACUUCAAGAAAACAGCACCUUUGGCGCAAGCGCAAUUUCUUAGUGUUGUAUUUUGUUUUCAAUCUUGACUUGACCCCGUAAACAUGGGUGGAAAACAGAUGCGCAUCUUAACAUCAGAAGUAAUUGAUGAUUAUAUUAAUCUAUCAGGCGAAUGGAUGUCAUGUAAAUGUUAUUAGCGCAUUGCUUUGUAAAAGAGUUGCAUCAAGAAAGGAAAAAGUUGGAAAAUGAUACAGUAUGUUUGACAAA